UAAACUUCCAUAGAUAUUAUUUUUUGCAGUGUAUACUUUCAAAAAUACAUAUCCAGCCACUGUAGGGUUAAUCCCAGACCCCCCAUCCAACACAUGUGUUCACUAUUGUUUGACACAUUGUUUGAGCUUGUUUCCCAUUUCCUAUGAUACAAAAGGGGUGGUAAAAUAUGAUAAAAUGAGCUGCCGACAAGUGGGACAGGGACAGAGAAUUUUUAAGCACAAAAGUAAUGUCUUAAAUGCCAAUCUUAUCAAAUAUUUAUUUAUUUAUUUUUUUUUUUCAAGUAACUCACAUUUUGGAUUAAAAAUGAAAAAUUCCUGAUAAUUUUCCCUUUUUAAAAUUAAGUACAAAAGGUGACUUAUUUUGAAUAAAGCAAUACUAAACAAUGCAAGCAUGGUGUAAUUGGGACCAAUACAUGACCAUUGGACCCAAGUGUGCCGAUAAACACCUGUUGAGUUUCAGGGGUGUAAAAACUCAAAGGAAAAAGCACACUGUGAGCAAGAGGGGAGGAGUGUUCUCAUAUAAAUGAUUAUACAUAUCUGUCGAGGUGGACACAUUUCACACCAUCACGAGAGAGACAGUCACUGAAAACUUCACCCCAACCACAUCGAUCUAUUUUACGACAUUUUUGCCUUAUUCUGCAAAUUAGACACCAAGAUCUGGAUUAUCUUCUGUGAUUGCUAGACCUAAGGGGGUCAUGGAUCCAAUUGUGGAAGUGGUAGCUGUGAUUUUGGGGUUCAUUGGUUGGGUCAUGGUGGGGGUGGCGCUGCCCAAUCGCUACUGGAGGACCUCAAGUGUGGAUGGGAAUGUGAUCACCACCUCCACCAUCUACGAGAACCUGUGGAUGUCCUGUGCAACUGACUCAACUGGGGUCCACAACUGCAGGGAGUUUCCUUCUCUGCUGGCACUGAGCGGUUACAUCCAGGCGUCUCGUGCUUUGAUGAUCACGUCCAUAGUGCUGGGGUCCUUUGGGCUGGUGGCUGCUCUGAUUGGGAUCCAGUGCUCUAAAGCUGGAGGAGAAAACUACGUGCUCAAAGGAAGAAUCGCAGGGACGGCUGGAGUUCUGUUCCUUCUGCAAGGUUUGUGCACAAUGGUGUCUGUGUCAUGGUAUGCUUUCAACAUCACCCAAGACUUCUUUAAUCCUCUCUAUGUUGGAACAAAGUAUGAAAUAGGAGAGGGUCUGUACAUUGGUUGGUGCUCUGCGGUAUUGGCCAUCGCAGGCGGGGCGUGUCUUACCUGCUCCUGCAAAUUAGGAUUAGAUGAAACGGUGAAUUUAUCUCCAUUGCCAUAUCACAGCAGGGGGACUGUCUAUUCUGGGGCUGCCCGGAGUGCGGCUGCCAGUACUUACGGACGCAAUGCCUAUGUCUGAAAAAAGGAUCAGGCUUGAACUUUGGGUGGCUGCUGCUUUGGAGAAGAUCUUGUAAAAUGUUGUACAAAGUUGAGAUGAUUUUGAGCCUAAUAUGUUUGUAUUAUAUUUGAUUUAUUUACUCUAAUCAUGUCAUGCACAUGACAUGAGUAUUUGUGCUGUACAGUUUUCUAGUUUGUUAAACAAGAAUGUUUUAUUUCUUGUUUUCUUUUUUACAAAUGCACACAAUAAAC